GUGAAGCACCCCGGACCCGGGGUCAUUCAUUCCAACUCACUCUCGUCUCCUCUUCUUCUUCUUCAACCUCUCCUUUCAUACAUGCUGUUGCUGCCACCACUACUGCUCUUCCUCGCCUCUUCCUGAUCUCAGCAGCCAUUUCCCUUUCCUGGGAUCUCCUCCUCUUCUACUACUCUUCUUCCAUCGCCAUAAGAGCAGCCGCAGAUCGAUCGAAUUGCAUUGCAGUCUUUUGCAGAUUUCAGCUUAAUUGCCGGACAGUGAAGUGAAAGCAUCUUCAAGGGCGUGGAAGCUCUCUGAGAUUCCAAAGGGUCACAAGGCAGGGGAUGAGUACAACCAAAGUGAAGAGACGUGUGGGAAAGUAUGAGCUAGGAAGAACAAUCGGAGAGGGCACAUUCGCGAAGGUCAAGUUCGCGAGGGAUACCGAGACCGGUGAUCCAGUAGCCAUCAAGAUCCUAGAUAAGGAGAAAGUUCUCAAGCAUAAGAUGGUCGAACAGAUUAAAAGGGAAAUUUCGACAAUGAAGUUGAUUAAGCACCCAAAUGUUGUCCGUAUAUAUGAGGUGAUGGGAAGCAAGACAAAAAUCUACAUUGUUUUAGAAUAUGUUACCGGUGGUGAGCUCUUUGAUACAAUUGUUAACCAUGGUCGUAUGAGGGAAGAUGAGGCAAGAAGGUACUUCCAACAAUUAAUUAAUGCUGUUGAUUAUUGUCAUAGCAGGGGUGUGUACCACAGGGACUUAAAACCAGAAAAUUUACUACUAGAUUCAUAUGGGAAUCUGAAGGUCUCUGAUUUUGGGCUGAGUGCACUUUCUCAGCAAAUUAAGGAUGAUGGUUUGCUGCACACAACCUGCGGGACACCAAAUUAUGUUGCACCGGAGGUCCUUGAAGAUCAAGGAUAUGAUGGAGCAAUGGCAGAUUUGUGGUCAUGUGGAGUUAUCCUGUUCGUUCUGCUAGCAGGGUAUUUGCCUUUUGAGGACUCUAAUCUUAUGACGUUGUAUAAGAAAAUAUCAAAUGCAGAGUUUACGUUUCCACCUUGGACGUCUUUUCCUGCCAAGAGGUUGUUAACAAGAAUCCUUGAUCCAAACCCAAUGACGAGAGUAACAAUUCCAGAAAUAUUAGAGGAUGAGUGGUUCAAAAAGGGCUACAAACGCCCAGAGUUUGACGAAAAAUAUGACACAACAUUGGAUGAUGUUUAUGCUGUCUUCAAUGACUCUGAAGAGCACCAUGUGACAGAAAAGAAAGAAGAACCAGAAGCUCUCAAUGCAUUUGAACUGAUUUCAAUGUCAGCAGGCCUCAAUCUUGGGAAUUUGUUUGAUUCAGAGCAGGAAUUCAAAAGAGAAACAAGGUUCACAUCAAAAUGUCCACCAAAAGAAAUUGUCCGCAAGAUUGAGGAAGCCGCAAAACCUCUAGGAUUUGAUGUUCAGAAGAAAAAUUACAAGUUAAGGUUGGAAAAGGUAAAAGCAGGGAGAAAAGGAAAUCUCAAUGUUGCUACUGAGAUACUGCAGGUUGCACCCUCUCUUCAUAUGGUUGAAGUACGAAAAGCAAAAGGCGACACCCUCGAAUUUCAUAAGUUCUACAAGAACCUCUCCAGAACCUUAAAGGAUGUUGUUUGGAAAUCAGAUGAUCUUCAAAAUCAACUUUCCUAGAGUAACUUGGGAGAGGAGGAAUGGGUGAACUAUUUUAGCAUCCCAUUCUUUUGAAUCAGCAUUCCCAUUUCUAGAGGCUGGAAAAGCAGAAAGCAUGUUCAUUGCAUCUGUAAUUAGAUGUGAGUGGCCCUGUAAACUAUGUUUGGUCUCCACUAGUGUUGUAAAUGCUGCUCUUAUUUGUCAGAGAACCCUUGUGAUAGCUCAAGUGAAGCUGAUCACUCAAUGGGUUUUGUGUGUCAAGUUUUGUAUGUAAAUCAGAAUCUUGUGAGGAACAAGUAUAUUAAUUGGCCAGCAUUAUUCAUUUUCAUUUA